AAAUCCCAUCUCCUGAUUUGAACUACUUUUCGUUUUGGACCACAAACCUACUUUCAAUCUACUUUUGGCAAGAAGACUUUGGCCUUUAUAGGCAGAAAUCCCUGUAGUGGCCACUAAUCACUGUUACAUGGAGGCUAAACUGCACUGCUGCAUUUUGGUGCACUUUCAUUGGGAAACAGAGUAUAAAGACUGCAACACUGAAGUUUUGGGGUUUUUUUUAGCUCUUGCCAACAGUUUGCAAAUGAUCCUUAUUAUUGUGAUUAAUUAAAAAUUGAUCAUGACUUUAUAGGAUUGUGUUCAUCACAGUAUUACAUAAAGCAUCCCUAAUGGAACCUGAGACAUUAUUGAUGGUCUCAGUGGUCUGCAGUCUGUCAUCACACAAUAGAUGAAUUUCGCCCCCUCCCCUUAUCCUCUAAUUCAGAGAGCUGCAGCCAAUCAGCAGCCUCUGCUCAUUGUGUACAAACAGAACAUCGUGCGCCCUGCAGCCUUUAAAUCGCCCUGCGGCAUUGUCCUGACCAGAGCAGACCAGGGUUAGACAGCAACAACAGCUCCAUCUUAAACAACAGGAAGACGUUUCCCACCAAAACUUCACCAGAACUACUUGAAGGAUGAAUCCCAUCAGGCGCAGAGAGUCGGUUUGCAGGAGUCUUUUUGGCCCGGUGGACCACGACCAGCUGCGCCGCGACUUGACGCAGAGGCUGAAGGAGAUCGCUGAGCAGGACAGCCGUCGCUGGAACUUUAACUUCCAGACUGAAACGCCGCUGGCAGGCAGGUUUCAGUGGGAGGAAGUACCCGCAGACUGCGCGGCUGCUCUCUAUCAGGAGUCGGCACAGCUGAAGGACGCUGUCUGUUCUUCAAACACUGAGGGUGAUGUCAGUCUCAGUUACCCUGAAGAAAGCGCAGGGACCGACCAGGAGAACUGCUCCAGCAUCUCCAACAAACACAAGUGUCCAGCUGAAGUGACGCCCGUCCGAAGGAAGAGGAUGCUCUCAAAACCGUCAACCAAGCCCAGAAACAAUGCACAAAUUACAGAUUUUUUCGCAAAGAGAAGGAGGACUACUGAAACCAAGAGCACCCUGAAUCCUUUCCAAACAAGUCCCAGUGAAGCAGCUCUGUGCAAAACAAUAAGAUGAACAUGCGACUGAAAAUGGACUAUUUAUAUUUCUAGAUACAUUUUUAUGGGCCCUGACCAAGGCCUUUUCACUGCCCCAAAUUAUUUUAUUUUAUUUUAUUUUAUUGCCAAUUUUAGUGUUUGUGAGCUGGAGUGGAAUUAAUCCAUUUGUGUUAUUUAAUAUAUUUAAUUUAUUUAAUUUUUUUUUCAUUGAUAAUAUCACAAAUAUGUUUGCUUAGAGAUGUUUUUAUCAUUUCCAUCAGUAUUACUGAAUAUUAUGUUUAAAGGACUGAAAGGAUUUUUUUUAAUGUAUGUUUGAUCACUUUGUCAAUCUUGUAUGUGGAUUUUUGUUAUAUGAGCUGCUUCUAUUCUGUAAAAGCACUAUUUUGUCAUUGUCGUGUUUGCCUAAAUUAACUGAGAUGCAGAUUGUAAAUGCCUAAUGUAAAUGUAAAUAUUGCAAUUUUAAUAAAGUGACACUAAUUGUACUUCUGAUUCAGUAAUUAUUACAUUUUCUGCUGUUC